CUCCUGCCUCAACCUCCCGAGUUGCUGGGAUUACAGGCAUGCGUCACCACACCCGGCCCCAGGGUGAGUCUUCUGUCUUCAGUGAUUCCCCACAGCCACAGGAAGGACUAUCACCCACCCCAGGGAGGAUUGGACCCAGAAUGGUAUAAAAGGGAAAGGAAGGAGGACAGCUCACUUCUGCUCCUUCUGAAGAGCUCCAGUCUUUGCCUUCACCUUUGACAUUGUCUCCUGGCUUCAGUGGAGACUCUUCUGCCUUCCAUCUUCCUGCUUCAGCCUCCCAAGUAGUGGGAUUACAGACAUGCACCAUCACCAUGCCUGGCCCACUCAAGAAGUCUCCUGGGCUCAAAGGUGUCUGGGUCGCACCAGCUUCCUGCCUCAGGCCUGUGUGCAGAAGAGGAAGAGAGAUUGGUCUUCAGAGUCUGAGGAGGAGCUGCUGGGUCUCUUCAAUAGAGGCCUUAGGCUAACACCCUACUUCCAGCCUCCGCUGCCUGUCCAGAAGCCAAAGGAUGCCUCAUUUGCAGAUUCAGAAUCAGAGAUGGAACAGGAGGAGAGUCCCCAGGGGGGUUCUGACUCAGCCCUGAGGGGGAACCCCAGCCUCACCUCAGUCCUGUGGCUAUGAGUGGAAGAAGGCAUGGUCACCAGAGGAGGAUGAGGAGGGGCGACGUCCCCUGUGCAUGGGCGUAGCUCCCAGGGAAGACAGCAGGCUCCCACUUUGAAAGAGGUGGAGGGGGCAUCUGUGCCUGUUGGGAAAGGAGCAGCAGGUACCAUCAUGACAGCUAGGCCCUGUGGCUUCAACCCACACAGGUGUUGUGGAGCAGCCUCAGGGCCCCAAGAAGAAGUGGAAGAGGAAGCACCUGUCCUCAAUGCUGCCUGAGCACCAUGAGGCCUUCACCAGGCUGCUCAAGGACCCCGUCAUCCAGAGAUUUCUGGCCUGGGACACAAACCUGAAGGCCUCUGACAAGGACCUCCUGGCCAUGGUCAUCACCUACUUCAGCCAGGCCGGCCUCUUCCCCUGGCAGUUCCAGAGGACCCACGUCUUCCUGGCGCUCUACCAGGCCACAGACAUGGUGGAGGAGGACAACCAGGAGCCUAAACUACACACGUUCUUCUUCCUCUAUGGGAUGAAUUUCAACAAGAUUCCCCAGGUCCACAAUCUGUGCUACCAGUUCAUCGGCUGCAUGGACUGGAACUUCAGGGUGACCCGAGAGGACUGUGAGGAGAUCCAAGCUUACAACCUACGCUCUGGGUGUGGGGCCGAGAUUGUACCCUCAUCCCAGGACCCUGGAGCCCUGAGGACAUCGACCUCAAGAAGAGGAGCAAUGGGCCCGGGGAUUUAGCUCAGCGGUUCCGCCGCCUGCCUUGCAAGCGCAAGGACCCGAGUUUGAUCCCCAGUACCAAAGAAAAAAAAAAAGAAGAGGAGCAAUGGCCCAGGGGAGCAAUG